GCCUAGCCAGCAUAGAGGUAGCAUCACUUGCUCACGCUCUGCCUUCUAUAACGUCUGCUACGUUAUCAACUCCGGCAGUUGUGAUCGGUGUGGAUUGUGCAUAGACAUGACGCAGUCUACUAUAGCCCAGAUGUCUUACGAAGUGAUACCCCAGAAUCAUGCGUCUUCCGAUAAAAAUUACAUCAAUUGCUUUAUUAUAUUUGGCGCAAUCAUUGGAGCGUUUGUGGUGAUCAGUGUUCUAAUAAUUAUAAAGAGUGGUAUUAGUGGUCAGUGUGCAUCUCCAGCUACGGAAAGCAACUACACAGCUAUGUACGACAUACAGCAGCAAGAAGAUUUCUCUACAACAGAAAAUGAAACAGUGACUGAUCCAGCAAGCACAGCUGUCCCUCCUAGCGACCCUGCUCCUACAUUCAACGGUGCGACUAAAUUUGGGAUGGAGUGGGGAAAGCAGCAGAUCCUACAGCAAUAUAGGGAACUUCACACCGUGGGAUGUCGGCCGACGACACACGUCAUGCACAUACAGAAGUUACUUGCUCCUGAGGACGCGUUGUUCGACAAGAAGUUUAAUCCAGAGUGGGUAGUGGUGGGCCGCUGCCUUCCCUCCUGCAGCUACUGUCGUUCGCCACUACGCUGUCUUCCUACACAAGGAAGUCAACGCAACAAGACCUUCGUAGUGUUAACUACUGAGAACAAUAAACGGAGGUAUCACAAACGAAGAGUCGUUGAAGACACGGCAUGUAGUUGCCAGUAAAUGUGAUACUUUAUUAUUAGUGUUUGUAGAUGUUAAAUAUAGCAGUGGAUCUGCCACAUUUAACAACUUACUCUCA